AGAGCAAACAGAAGAUAAAGAAGAAGAAAAGGAAGAUUUCCCUUACACUGCUAAACUGGCCAAGAUAAGGGACUUUGUUAAGAGAGAGAAGAUACCUGAUCCAAAUGAAAUUAGAGAAGAGUUAGGUGUGUUUAUAUCAGCUCUUGAGUCUGUCCCAGCAGCAAUUUAUUGCUUCCUGAGGGCAUCACAGCAUGUUGAUGAAUUAAAGGGCAGAAAUGAAUUUGAGAGGACCAUUAUAUACGCAAUAUCCCUGGGUGGUGACACUGAUACCGUGGCAACUAUGGCAGGGUCAAUAGCUGGAGCAUACUAUGGUCUUGAUAGUAUUCCAUCGUCAUGGCAACUGUGUUGUGAAGGUCGUUUAGAUGCACAGAAGGAUGCUGAACUAUUAUACAACUUGACCUGAAUUGAACUCUUUGAUGACAUUAUGACAAAACAGUUAUUAAUGAAAAUCAUGUAAGAUCUGUUACAAAGCAGAAACUGUUUUACACUGAUAAAGCUACAGCUUCAAGUCUUUUUGAACAGUUUGGAAAAAAUCAUGUAAGAGAUAGAACUGAUAAAACAAUAUUAGGAAUAUGGAUAUAACAUGCAUUUCCUCAAACAGAUUUAGCUGUAAUUAUAGUUUAUGAUUUUGGUAGACUGGUGGGUAAAAGGUUUAUUAAUAGACACUUUAUCAUCUUAGCCAAUGAAGCUAGAAACAUGAGAUUUGACUUUUACAUUGUCAAUAUGACUUUAAACAUAAUGAAAUAAUGAAUUUACUGCUGCUAAAUUUUCAUGAGUGUCUACUUUAUUUGUGAUUUACAAAAUGUGUGCAAUUCUUCAUAAACAAGGUCACAUGUGUUGCCCAAUUGUUUUAUUAUUUAUCCUUUGUGCCUAUUAUAUUUGUAUAAUUUUUACAGUGCUUUAAGUUUAUCUAUUUAUAGUUUGCUGCUAACUGUACAGAACUUCAUGCCUCAGCAUAAUAAUAACUUAUUAGGGACUGAAAGUUGUUUGCAUUUGAGAUUAUUUCUUAAGAAUGAUAAACUUAUUUUCUCAGGAUGGCCAGGCCAUGAGGUAUACAUGUAAGACAUCAUUUUAAGGUAUCACAUGCAGUAUUUGUGAACAUUGUUUAUUGUUGCAAAAAGUCACACAAUCCAAAUUGUAUGUUUGACAAAAGAACCAUUUAGACAACAAUUUUUCAUGUUAGCUUUUGCUCUAAUUAAUUUAAAUUUAUGAACUAAUAACGUCUGUAAAGCUGUUUUCUCCUCUGAAUGGAGGCAAGAAUGUUGAAUGUAAUAUGGUGAUGACAUCAUAUACCAUGUGGCAAGGCUGCCCUGUUAAUGUAAGCAAUCCUUCUUAUAGUUUUGACACAAAGUAUUUAAUAUAUGACUAACAGUAUUUCAGUUUCAUGGUAUGAUACAUGUACAUAGCUUGUUGCCUUAAAAAAGUAAUUUAAACCAUUUAAGAAUAUUUAUACACCCCAUUAUUUUUCUGUUAUGAAAAAAAAAUUUACUUGAAUAUGGAUGCAUUUAGCGUCAGGACUAAAAUAUGUUCAUCAAAAGUGGACUAAGCAACUGAUAUCAGAUAAAAUCUUUAAUGAACUUGCACACUUAUUAAUUUUUAUAUAAAUUUAGCCUUGUUAUAUAACAUGUACUGCUAUUUUGUGGUGUUUUUUUUUUAAUUCAUUUUUUUACUCUGUAUAACAGAAACAAUGUCUACUUGUUAUGUAAAUCAUUUGUUCAUCUUUUAAAUUACAAGUAAAAGCAGAUCUUUAACCUUUUUCCUGCUGCAUUUGUAUAUUUUAAUUUGUGGAAACCAAUUAUUGGUGAAUCGAAGAAUUUCCAAUAAUUGUUUCUAUGUCGGAAUACUGUUCAGCAACCAACACAGACUGUAGGCAAAUGAUGACUGGGUGGGCUAUGUACUCGUGGUAUAACAUACAAAGUCAUUAUUUCUGAUAUAUACAGGUAUUAGGUGUUCAUUAACCUUGUUAGCAUGGGGAAUGUGAUAUUUUUAUUUUAGACAUUGUAUUAACAUAUCAUGUCAGGUGUCAGAUUUAAUAUAUUUUAUACUGCAA